AUGAGGUGUUGUGCUCAUAUUGUAAACUUGAUUGUUAGUGAAGGAUUAAAAGAGAAGCAUGAUUCGAUUGCUAUCAUUAGAGAUGUUGUAAGAUAUGUUAGGUCUUCUCCCUCUAUGCUCAAAAGGUUAAAAGAAGUUGUCAUAGAAGAAGGAAUUGAAUGCAAAGGACUUAUAUCUUUAGAUGUCCAGACGAGGUGGAACUCUACAUAUCUCAUGCUUAAUUGUGCAUUAAAAUUCCAAAAGACAUUUGAAAGUUUAAUGUCAAAUGCAAAUUUUUUGAAGUAUUUUGAUGAGGAUGAAAAAGAUGGAAAGAAAAAGGAGAGGCCACCUACUGAAACGGACUGGGAGAAUACAAAAGUAUUUGUGAAGUUUUUGGAGACUUUCUAUGAGGUAACAUUAAGGUUUAUUGGAUCAACCUAUGUUAUGAUAGACAAUUACUUUGUUGAAAUAUGUAACAUGCAGCGCACUUUGUAUAGAAUGGCAGUUGAGGAGGAUGACCUGUUUUUGAAGAAGUAUGCUUCAUUGCAUGAUGAGUUUGUACAACAAAGGAAAGAGGAAGAUGGUGGUAAGACAGAGAAUGAGGUUGAUAGGUAUCUAACUGAGGAGGCCGAACCUAUGAUUGAGGAUGAAAACUUUGACAUUUUGAAAUGGUGGGAUGAAAAUGCAUCCAAGUAUAAGAUCUUGUCAACCAUUGUUCGUGAUGUGUUAUCCAAACCAGUUACAACUUGGAGCAGUUCACAUCAACCAUUCAUUGUUCGAGACUACAUGGAUGAAGUAAAAGUGCCAGAGACAUCAGAGAUUCUCGAGUCUAAGAUCACAAGUGAUAGUGCUACUGUUAGUGCUAGUGAAAAUAUUUUUGCUUCGCCUUCGCCUUCUGGUUCUGUCAAUGCUCCAUAUACAGCCUCAUCUGCUGCACAAGGAACUGAAUGA